AUGCUUCUCCACGAGUGGGCCAUGGCUAGGACAUGGCUGCUGCUGCUGCUUCUGGGCAUCAGGUGUCAGGCUCGACCUUCAGGCAUCGCUGGCAGCCCCUUUCCGUCUCUGGCUCCACCUGUCACACUGCUGGUAGAUGGAAGACAACACACACUGGUGGUUUGCCUGGUCCUCGAUGCGGCACCCCCUGGCCUUGACAACCCUGUCUGGUUCUCGGCUGGCAAUGGCAGGGCCCUAGAUGCCUUCACCUAUGGGCCCUCUCUGGCACCGGACGGCACCUGGACUAGCCUGGCCCAGCUUUCCUUGCCCUCUGACGAACUGGAAGCCUGGGAGCCCUUGGUCUGCCACACCAGGCCUGGGACUGGGGGCCAGAACCGGAGUACACACCCCCUCCAGCUGUCAGGGGACUCUUCGACAGCCAGGAGCUGCUUUCCGGAGCCUCUCGGGGGGACACAGCGCCAGGUACUGUGGCUGAGCCUACUGCGUCUGCUCCUCUUCAAACUGCUUCUUUUGGAUGUCCUUCUGACCUGCAGUCGCCUCUGUGUGCUGGCGGGCCAGGGCCAGCACCUCCAGCCACCACCCUCAUGCAAGUCCCUGCCUCCCACCCACGGAAUUUGGACAUAG